CAAUUAUUGGGGAAGCCGUGGUUGAUGAUAUCGCCGCCACCUCAGCGUGCUGACGUGCCCUACUGGGCUUUUAUAAUAAGGUUGUUUCGCACUUGAUUAAUUCGUUGGUUUGGGUCUUUCUUAUUUUAUAUCGUGGUUCCACUUAUCAUUGGGUGUCAGGGGGCGGAGAAAAUAUUUGUAUAAAGCACAGGCACACGGAUAUCUCUCAUUACCUACUUAUAAACUCUUUCCUGCUUCUUUGAAGAUUAACUCUCUUUUGCAUCUCCUUCAGAACGCCCUGGGAUUUUUGUUUCGGCUUUAUUCGAUCUAUCAAGCCAUUUGAUUUCUAGCAUAAGUUCACCAUGGCUGGCGGGGACGAAUCUUUUGAGCUCUACCGCUAUCACCCCUCCAUGGCUGGAGCCAUCAUCUUCAUAAUACUCUUCAUUAUCACAACCGCUUUGCAUUGCUUUCAACUCAUUCGCACCCGAACAUGGUUCAUGAUUCCUAUGGCCGUCGGAGGAUUCCUCGAAUGGAUUGGCUACGUUGGCCGAGCUUUAUCAAGCCACCAGGCUCCAAAUUAUACGUUAGGGCCGUAUAUUCAGCAGGCGGUUCUCUUGCUUGUGGCCCCUGCUCUAUUAGCCGCAUCCAUUUAUAUGGAAUUGGGACGGAUCAUCCUGCUCGUGGACGGAGAAUCGCGGUCAAUCAUCAAGAAGCGGUUUUUGACCAAGAUCUUUGUCACUGGUGAUGUCUUAUCCUUUCUCACUCAGUCUUCUGGCGGAGGCAUCAUGGCCGGUCAAAGUCUGAGUAGCUACAAGUUGGGCCAAAAGGUUGUCAUUAUAGGCCUAGUGAUCCAGAUUGUCUUCUUUGGAUUCUUCAUCAUCACUUCUGUUGUCUUUCACCAAAGAAUCAAGAAGAACCCUACAGCGGCCUCCUCUUCACCUAGUAUUCCUUGGCUCAAACAUCUCUACGCCUUAUACGUCGGCAGCGCAUUCAUUCUUAUUCGGUCCAUCUUCCGAGUAAUUGAAUACUCUGGAGGUAACGAUGGCCCACUGCUCCGAAGUGAGGUGUAUUUGUACAUCUUCGACGCCGUGCUCAUGUUUGCCACCAUGGUCGUCUUCAACAUCAUUCAUCCGGCCGAAGUUAAGAGGCUAUUAGUUCAGCGUCAGGCAGGAUUAGGGGCAACUGCAUUGGAGGCCGACGAUAGCACCGAGGUGGAGCGCAUCGAGCAACAUAAUCUGGAGCCAUUAAAGGCGAAUAACGGAGGCUGGAGUUAGGAACCUUCCUUGGAAUUUGUUAAUAGAUAUUUUCAUUUGCAUGAUUCUUUGUAACAUCUGCAUCCUAUUCUGGCAUUUCAGCUUUUAUCGCGGCUGCUGCGGGUGGUUUCUUGCUCUCUGCUGAUGGCGACCUCCCAACUGUAUUUAGCGACUCAUUUACGAUCUAGCGCGGUCAUCUUUCGCUAGUUCACUGGGCAUCCUUCACUAAUUCUUGCGCCCUCUUAACUGAUCCAUAAUAAUCAUUACCAAUAAUCUCUGGACCC